UCCAUAAAUCGCUACACGACAGGGAUACCAAUACCGACGCAAUAUAAAAAAACUCAGCAAUAAACAAAAACCGUAAAUUAUCGAAAUCGAUUUUUAUUGUAAUUAUUGUCGUUUCGUUAGUCUAUAAUACGUGGAAAAGAAUUUAGAAUAACUACAAUAUUGACCAGUUUUUUCUUGCAAAGACACAAAGAUUUCAUAACCUCACAAAGUCCCAUUUGAGUGUUUUUGGGCAAAUCAACCGAAAAUGGAUUGUUUAUCCGAUACUUCCGAUACAAGUGCAACAAGUUAUGAGCGAGGCCGGAAGGCAAUGGAUGUUAAAAGACCAGUCCUGCUUAUACGCUACCCAAAAAUAGAGAUUUUUCCGUCUAGAACUGAAAUUGACCAACUGACUGCAAUGGGUUAUGGGUUUACGCAGGAACCUGCAGUUUUUGGUCUCAAUUGGAACAUUGACCAAAUUAAUGAUUAUAUUUAUUCAUUAUAUCCCGACGUUCCUUUGCAGACUAUUGGUUUCAAAAUGGGAAAAUGUGACCGUACAAAAAAAGUAUUUAUUCUAAAACGUGUUGAAAAUACUAAGGAAUUGAAAGAAGAAUUGGGCAAUAGUAAACUAAUCAUUAUACCGAAUGAGGAACUUCCGGAGAGACCAAUUAUACACAAGAAAGAAGAUGACAGUGAUGAUGAAAAUACAACUCUUACAAGAAGAAGUGAGAGGAAAUCUCUCCAUAAGUACAAGUUGAGUGAAGAUGAUGAAGAUUAUGAGGUCAUAAUUGAGAAUGGACAAUCUUCAAAAUUGAAAGACAUCAAUGAAGAAACUAACGACCAUGAGGAAUAUUCAGUUGAGAAGAUCCUUGAUAAACGCACGCUAAACGGAAAAGUCGAGUAUCUUUUAAAAUGGAAGGGAUAUUCAGAGCAAGACAAUACUUGGGAACCUGAGGAAAAUUUAGACUGUCCUGACUUAAUAGCAGCCUAUGAAGCGCAAUUUGAAGUCAUUCCUAAAGUGGACCCUGAAGAAAACGAAAAAGUUAAUAAAAGAAAAAAUAUUACGGAAGAUAACAGAGCUCGCGGCUUUGACAGGGGCCUUGAGCCUGAUAAAAUUGUUGGUGCUACUGAUGCAAGUGGCGAGCUUAUGUUUCUCAUGAUGUGGAAAAAUUGCAAGGAAGCAGAUUUAGUACCCGCAAGCCAGGUUAACGUGAGGUGUCCCGAGGUCGUCAUUAAUUAUUACGAGAACAAGGAACAGUGGUUUUGUAAACAGAGUAUUAUCGAGAUUGAUUGAAAAAAAUCGUUUUUUAAUAAAAUAGGAUAUAAU